CCUUCAAUGGGGAAAAAUUCCACUAGAAAAAGAACAGACCAUUAAAAUGGACCUAGAUGUAAGCCUGAAACCUGGAACAAAGCGACUAUUGCCGUGUCAUCUUGGCAUUUUUUGGCCGCAGAGCAGAUUCAUGUUUUCACGAGAGAAACAUGAGUCAUUCGCUACAUUGUUAAAACCGCAUUCGCGCGAACGGUAGCUUAAUCAAGGAGCAACUAUGAAGAGUAUAGUGGCUUUGUUAUUCCUGGCAGUCUUUGCCACAGGGCAAGCUGUUUCCUUCAACAAGAUCUUGGAUGCAGAAUGGUUUAUUUUUAAGAUGCAUCAUAACAAAGUUUAUAAAUCUUCGAUUGAGGAAGGCUAUAGAAUGAAAAUCUACUUGGAUAACAAGCGCAAGAUUGCCGAACAUAAUCGCAAAUACGAGAUGAACGAAGUUACGUACAAACUGGGAAUGAACAAAUAUGGAGAUAUGUUGCGUCAUGAAUUUGUCAAUACUUUGAAUGGCUUUAAUAAGUCAGUGACUGCUAGAAUACAGACCGUGGGAGCAACGUUUAUCUCACCAGCUAACGUUGAAUUACCACAAGAAGUCGAUUGGAGGAAAAAAGGCGCGGUCACGGCAGUUAAAGAUCAAGGACACUGUGGAUCCUGCUGGGCAUUCUCUAGUACUGGGGCUUUGGAAGGACAGCAUUUCAGAAAUACUGGCAUUUUAAUAUCGUUAAGUGAACAAAAUCUGAUUGAUUGUUCUGCCAAAUAUGGCAACAAUGGUUGCAAUGGCGGUUUAAUGGAUUAUGCCUUCCAAUAUGUCAGAGACAACAGAGGCCUGGAUACUGAGAAGAGUUAUCCAUAUGAAGCGGAGAAUGACAAAUGCAGAUACAAUCCGAGAAACCGUGGCGCCACUGAUGUCGGCUACGUAGACAUUCCGCAAGGAGAUGAAGAGAAGCUGAAGGCUGCAGUCGCCACCAUAGGUCCGGUCUCUGUUGCUAUUGAUGCAUCUCACGAAUCUUUUCAACUUUAUAGUGAGGGAGUGUAUUUUGAUCCUGAAUGCAGUGCAGAAAAUUUAGAUCACGGUGUAUUAAUCGUCGGUUAUGGUACAGACGAAAAAACUGGUCACGAUUAUUGGCUGGUAAAGAAUAGUUGGGGCGAAACGUGGGGUGAACAGGGUUAUAUCAAGAUGGCUAGAAAUAAGAACAAUCACUGCGGUAUAGCAACCAGUGCCAGUUAUCCUCUCGUUUAAUUCUUGUUGAUGAUCAAUUUUUUUAGUACGUUAUGAUCUGCUAAUUGUGACAUGACAGAUGUAUUUAGAGACCUAAUAAAGUUUUGCGAUGUAAAAAAAAUUUUUAUGUAGUCUAAUGUAUUUUAGAAUUUCUUAAAAAUAUUUGUUAGCCUGCAUGUAGUUGGUACAGUUGACUCUUACUGUCAGUAUUUCUACCUUGCUAUGAAAAGAAUUGUUACAAAAUGUACAGAUUUUCAAACUUUCUUAGGUCUCUAAUUAUUCCAAACAAAAAUGAAAAAGAAACAUUUUCGAAAAUUAUUGAAGGUUGUGAGCCUGAAAAACGGCGGUUCGUCAUUCGUCACUCUUAAUAUAUCUAUUAAAUUUUAGCGACAACUGUGAACAUGUUAUUUUAAGUUAUAUCUAAUCUUUAUUUUCUAUUUUCACAUUUAGAGAAUGAUACUAUUGCCUGACAUUUUCUUGGUAUCUGACAAAGAUUAAUAUUAUAUGUAAACUUUAUUUUCUAGUAAAAUUAUAAAAUUAAUAAAUCAUAGGUCUAAUUAAGCUGUUUUAAAAAUAUACACUGUAAUAUUACAUAUCUCGAGUAAUAUUACAGAGUUAAGCUAUUGUUUGUUAAACAAACUGAUCUCUAUUUUUUAUGAAACAUGGGAAAUAAAGAAAUGCUUAAUAAUCGUA